GUUUCCGGUCGGCGCGUGGUGUGUGGCGUGUGUCCUUGUUUCUCAGGUAAAAGAUGGCUAAAAGUUUACGAAGUAAGUGGAAAAGGAAGAUGCGUGCUGAAAAGAGAAAGAAGAAUGCCCCAAAAGAGCUCAACAGACUUAAAAAUAUUCUCAAAGUAGACAGUGAUGUUUUAAUGAAAGAUGUUCAAGAGAUAGCAACUGUGGUGAUACCCAGCCAUCACCAAGAGAAAAUUCAAAGUGUAAAGGAGAAUGAAAAAGAUGACAUGAAAAUGGAGACUGAGAUUAAGAGGAACAAAAAGACCCUUCUAGACCAGAAUGGACAGUAUCCAGUAUGGAUGAACCAGAGACAGAUAAAAAAGCUAAAGGCAAAGCGAGGGAAAGGAAGGGGAAAAAAGGCAGCAAAGGGUUUGGCCUGGUAGACCUUUAAAAACUUAAACAGAUGUCUGAUUAGAACGUGUACAUUGAUUUUUAGCUCCCACUGAAAGAAUACAGUUUUCAACUUGUUCUUUUUUCUUCAAUUCAGACCUUCAAAAUAGGUCCUCAAUUUUAUUUUGGGAACUUGAACAAAAUAUUUUCUUUGAUGAAUGAAAGUUGUACUGAUGUUUUAGUUGGAUGCUCCUACCCAGACAACAAAAUCCUGUUGAAUAUGGUUGUAAUCGUUCUUCUAACUCGGUAAUUAAAGUCAAUAAGGACAUGUGAGUGAA